UGACAGGUAGGCGGGUAUUGUCGUCGCCCGGCUGGGAGCUGUACCGCAGACGAGCAGCUGCCGGUGAUGGCGGACUGCGUGAGCUUCCACGCGCGGAUCGCUUCCAUUGUCGAAAUUCUGGCCAAUUCUGCGGUGGCAGAGAUCUGCAAGCUGGUGGACGAUGGUUUCGCGGCGCUGCGCUCCCAGAUGGAGCUGGAACGGGAGAGGAGUGACAGAGAGAACGACGCCCUGCGGUCGAAGCUCCGGGAGAUGGAGGUGAAGAUGUGGAGUUACCAGAUGAAGCUGAAGAGAGACACGGCUCAUUUGAAGCCACUUGAAGUGCUGGACAAGAAGGACUCCUCGGCUGUUCCUGCGACACCCAAAGAAGAGGUCUGGAAUUCCACCUCGAAGCUAAAAGUUCAGAAAAAAGAUCAUCCCAUAAGCAAGCACUUCUCCAGCACCAAGCAGAAAGCUGAUCAAGUGCAGGACCAAAGUUGGGUGGUUGUUAAACAAGAGAGAGAUGAGUGCAACCUGGAUCUCAAGGUGCAGGUGAACAUCACAGCGGACUGUGGUCUUCCAACUGUUCCAGAGCCAAACUCUCAAUCUGCCUUAACUGAUUUCCUUCCGGAGACCAGAUCCAGUCUGUCCACAGCAAAGUCCUCCUCUUCUCCCUCACAUCCAUCCAUGGACCUGACCUGCAGAGCAUCAGUCAAGCGUAGGACUAUUAAACGGCCAUGCAACACUCCGCGGGUUCUGGACCCUAAGAAGGAGUCUAUCACUCCUCCAGAAGGUGGUCUUAAACCUGAUUGUUCAGCUAAAGACAAAGUCUUCAGCGAUGAGAGUGAUCGCCUCAACGGUUUGGGUAUAGACAUGGCCUGGAUGCAAGAGAGAGUCACCCAUCUUGGUGCGGCUUAUGCAGCCGCGCAGCUUGGUUUAGGAGCAACAGAUCCGGCUCACACCUCAUCGUCUUUCCCGGCACAAUCAAGUGGAGAAAGUCUUGACAAGCCUUCAUCUAUUAUCUUCCCUGCUGAUGGCCAUGAUAUGGCAGCUUUUGCUGCUCCUUUUGAGUUAUCCGCCGCGGCUGCAUCUGCACCAACUGCCGCCUCGGCCGCUCAAACAGCUCAGCCAUAUCAGCCCAUCACUGCCAAGGAGCCAGUUUUGUGUCAGGUUUGCGGCCGUGUCUUCCCCAGCACAGCAUCCAUGGAGUUGCAUCAGAGGGUUCACUCUGGGGAGAGACCAUACACCUGCCCCCACUGCGGGAAGGGUUUCGCCCAGCCCAAUAACCUCAGAGUUCACCUCCUCAUCCACAGCGGCGAGAGGCGAUAUCGGUGCACGCUUUGUGGGAAGAGCUUUAUCUCGUCCAGCCAUCUAAAGAGGCACCGCACUGUCCACACGCAGGAGAAACCGUACAGCUGCAGCCGCUGUGGACAGUCCUUCAGCCAGAUGUGCAGCGUUCGUAGACACCGUCAGCAAUCCCAGUGUGGCUUAUAGUAGCAUGGAAAAUAUGACAGGAGACCAAAUUAAGAUGUAUUGAUAAAGAAGGCCAAAAUUUGCUUGUGUUAUAUUCACCAGUUCUAUGGUUUCACAUCUCUUCGCAUUGUCAACAUCAGAGCUGCUCAAACUUGAAUAUUUCUGUCCACUUCCGAAUUAAAACCCUGUGCAUGUCUAAAUGCUUAUUUCGAUUCAUCAUGUUGUCAUUAAAAAAAGUCUUUUUUUUUGUACACAUUCAUUUUUCUCUGUUUAUUUUUGAACAUCCUAGCCGAUUAGUAGCCAAUCGUUGUUUAUUAUUUUCAUGAAUACAAAAUGUGACUCUGAUGUAGGAAGUCGCGGGUUUGAAUUCUUGUGACUUGGCUGGUGCCUAACGGUUGAUGGGCGUAUGAAGGUGAAGGUGAUAGUGUCCUUGUUUCCAGAGCCCACUGUUUGGCACUCUGCUCUAAAAUAUUUGCAUUUCAACAGCCUUUGCAAUGUUUAUUUGUAAUAAAGCCUCGCAGUGUUUUAAAGCCACCACCUAGUGAGCUCAGUAAAUAAGGACAUUGUUUCAUGAAACCUCAUUAGAUAGGCACAGUCUAGAAGUAUGUCUGGAUUAAUUUUCAGUGCCAUUUAGCCGCUAUCACUGUGUUCUUGUUUGGAGUCAAGAACUAUUGGAAAGCUAAUUACCGUUUUUAUCUUGACUUGUCAUACUGUAUCUGUUAGUCUGCCAGGUAUUUUACUUGAACCAAGUCGACAGGUUUCCCUGAUCUUUGCUCAGUGAAGUGACAAGACACUGGCACAGUUACCCUGAAAACUCUUGUGGUGGACAAAAGCCGACAGUGUUUCCGCACUCCUGCAUUGUUGUUUGAUGUGACAGCUUACACUUUCAAACAGUCUGUGGUGUGAUAAAGCUAUAAUUAGUUUUUAUACUGUUCUUCUGAAUCAUGUUGAAAGAGUGUUUAUGUACAUUUUGCUUUGUAUGGAUUUCAUUAUUUCUCUCCAAUUCAUUGGACUGAAUAUAUCAGUAGCAGGCCAUGCAAUGUGAACUGUCGAAUUUGAGCUGAAACAUGCUGUGAAUUAAGUAAAUGUAACGUUUUUAUUUUUAUUUUAUUUUUAUUUUAUUUUACUGUUUCUACUGUAACUGUCUCCUUUUUUAUGUAAUA